AUGCGCACGCGAUGCCAGUGCCCGAAUAUACCGGGUCUGUCUUCUCCAACGUGCCUGAGAUGGGUUCUGUUGGCGCUAGCACUCUGGCUGGUCCGAGUGCAGGCAUUGAAAGAUCAUGAGAUACGCGACUUAAGAUUACAAGCCGAACAAAUGUUCUAUCAUGGCUACGACAACUAUAUCAAAUACGCAUUUCCGGAAGAUGAAUUGCGCCCUCUUACGUGUGGUCCGCUAACCCGCGAUCGCGAUCAUCCAGAGAGGGUCGAACUCAAUGACGUCCUCGGCAAUUACUCGCUGACCCUGAUUGAUAGCCUGUCGACUCUUGGUAUAUUGGCAUCAAGCAACGACACGGGGUCUCGCGCAUGGACACAUUUUCAAAAUGGCGUACAGGAGAUUGUUCGAUUGUACGGUGAUGGUAGUCAGGGUCCCAAGGGUCAGGGUGAAAGAGCGCGAGGGUUUGACCUGGAUAGUAAAGUUCAAGUUUUCGAAACCGUGAUACGAGGGUUGGGUGGCCUGCUCAGUGCGCAUCUCUUCGCAGUCGGCGAUUUACCGGUUCGAGGUUACAACCCGUCUCCCGAAGCCGCUGAUUACGCCAAGGCCUGGGAUAAGAGCGCUUUCUCGUCAUCAAAACAGCCAAAAGGAAUCGCUUGGUCCAAUGGCUUUCUAUAUGAUGGGCAACUGCUCCGACUUGCUCGUGACCUGGCGGAUCGUCUGCUUCCAGCUUUUUAUACCCCGACAGGACUUCCAUAUCCUCGAGUGAACCUUCGUCAUGGUGUUCCUUUUUAUGAAAACUCUCCCUUGAGCAAGAUAUAUCCUGGUCAAAGGUCUGAUAAUCGAAAGAAAUAUACGACGAGAUUCCAAUCAAGACCAGAAGUCACUGAAACGUGCAGCGCAGGCGCAGGAAGUCUCAUCUUGGAAUUCGCGACUCUGAGUCGUCUGACCGGUGAUGGUCGUUAUGAAGAUCUGGCAAAACGGGCAUUCUGGGCUGUCUGGUUGAGACGAAGUGAGAUUGACUUGAUUGGUGCUGGAAUUGACGCAGAAACUGGCAAUUGGGUGGCACCUUUUACAGGCGUCGGAGCUGGGAUUGAUAGUUUUUUCGAAUAUGCCUACAAAUCAUACAUUCUUUUAUCGUCUGGUGAACCUCCCGAGUUCGACACCAGCAGUCCCUGGAGCCUCAUGGACAACUAUUUCAUAUCACUAGAAGAAGAGCAUCACUCUCCUGGCUUCUAUUUUCAAGUCUGGCAGGAUGCACAAGACGCCAUCAAGCAUCAUCUGUAUCGCGGACAUGGCUAUCAACAUCCACAUUACGUGCAAGCAGAUCUACAAACAGGUGCGACUCGAGCCUUUUGGAUAGACAGCUUGAGUGCGUUUUAUCCGGGCGUUCUUACUUUGGCGGGGAAAAUAGAGGAAGCAACUGAGAUACAUCUACUGGCUACCGCGUUAUGGACACGGUUCUCUGCCUUACCGGAACGAUGGAAUGUUGCUACUGGAGAGAUAGAUAACGGCCUCGGAUGGUGGGGAGGCCGUCCCGAAUUCAUCGAGUCAACUUACUAUCUGUACCGAGCAACCAAGGAUCCAUGGUAUCUCCAUGUAGGCGAAAUGGUCUUGCGAGAUAUUAAACGCCGCUGUUGGACGCGAUGUGGCUGGGCCGGACUUCAAGAUGUGCGUACAGGCGAGUUGCAAGAUCGCAUGGAAAGCUUCUUUCUUGGAGAAACAGCGAAAUAUAUGUUCCUGCUUUUCGACCCAGAUCACCUAUUGAACAAGCUGGAUGCACCCUUUGUGUUUACAACCGAGGGCCAUCCGUUGAUAUUCCCGAAAAGUGGAUCAACUGCAUCGUCGCCAGCAAAAUCUGAGAUUGAGAAUGUGACCGACACUUGCGAGCUCGCCCCUGUACCUCCUCCAUUCAGCUUCUCUUCCACUGCAGCGCGGCCAGACAUCUUCCAUGCAGCAAGUUUAGCGCGCUUGCAUCUCAUGCCCACUCGAAACGAAGCUGGUGGUGCCCUAUUUGACUUUGCACAGGAUCACCCAAGCGUGACUGCCUCUGAUCUGUUCUCACCGUCCAACUAUACUUUCUACCCCUGGACACUACCUCCCGAACUGGUGCCGUAUAAUGCAAUGAGCUCUCCGAUGUCAAUACGGCCCACACUGGACAUUUCUUUCCCAAAAUUGCCGGGCAUGAUUAUUGGGUCGGGGUCAAUGGAAAGAGUACAGGAUGGUGUUCUGCUCAAGUCAAUUGGGGGUUUGCGACUUGGAAUGGUCCAGGAUAUACCUUUGGGUAUCGAGGAUGGCUCUACGGGAAUUUACACGGAUUUGUUUCGGAUCCAGGUGAUCAACAACCUACCACUUGGCAGGGAUGAGAAGGUGUACUUGUCGCGCGAGAUCGUAUUUGAUGUAUUAAGUCCGAACGAUCCGCAUUUUUCCCGUGUGCGCGAUCCGGUCAUGCUGGACGUUGUCAUUGACGUUGAGUCGGAAUCAACCCAGUCGAAGAACAAGAAUGAUACGAAAUCAUCUCGCCAUCAAAAGUCCAAACAAGAGCAAACUAUUAUCCGGCAAGAAUCCCCUACGCUUUCGGAUGAUGGCACUUUUUUGAACGGACAGAUUUCAACGGCAUCAAGUGUAAGAACAGCGCUUGCUGCAUUGAUGGGUCAUAUUUCUACUAUUCUAGGUGAUGAACGCGGAAACAACUUGGACGGCGACAACGAAAGCCACUACUCUGGGAACGUACAAAGCUCUUUAUUCAAGAGAAAAACCUCUAGCGGUACAUCUACUCGACUCAUACUCCCCGCCAUUAACUCAAUUGGAGCAGGAUCAGCUCCAAUACCUGAUAUUGUAGAUGCUGCUAUUUUUUCACACAAUGGUAAACCAGCGACGACCCGACUAACAUGGUCAAAGAUAUAUCUUGCGGAUGAGCUCUGCGACCAUCGUUUACCUGCCGACGUACCCCGCGAAUAUCAAGUACUUGUCAUCAAACGUGGAGGGUGUUCAUUUUCUGAGAAGCUGAAAAAUAUUCCCGGCUACCCAAACUCUGGAAGCAGCAACGACAGCAAUCGUCUCCAGCUUGUCAUUGUCGUAUCGUACCCAGAACAUGACGCAGGUUCGAUGUUUUCCUUCUAUCAUGAAGGCAAGGAAGCCUUUCACGCCAGCGACGAACAGCACUUUUACGAUGAACAAUAUUAUCAACGACCAUUCACAUCAACGAACCCGAACCUGAUGCAGGCUAGGGCAGCGCUAUCCUCUGAGAGCCGACUUGUCAGGCCGCACUUGGAAGAAAUACAAAUGACUUCGAGUGGAUUGCCGCGGCGAGAGCCCAUCAGCAUGAUUAUGGUUGGUGGUGGGGAGGAGACGUAUGAAUUGUUGAGAAGUUCUACCGGCCUGGGGGUUAGGAGGAGAUGGAUUGUGAAAAGCCAGAACGUUCCGAUUGGGAAUUUGUAUAUAAUAUAA